AUGGCCUUCACCACCUUCGUGCGUUUGUGGGUGAUCAGCGAGACGGCGCAGCACCUGCACGAUCCCUUCCUGGCGCCCAACAUCUGGUGGAUGUACGCGCAGGCGCCCCUCUUCGCCGCUGCCUUCAUCUACCCAUCCAAGCUGACCACUGUGCUGGCGCUCGCCUCACGUUGGGCGAUGUACUGUGUGAAGGCGCCCUUCAUCUGGGACUCCUGCAUCUGGGCCAUGUUCACCGAUGCCGCUUUCAUCGGGGCCACGCUUCUGUACGAGACGAAGGACGCCGUGUACGCGUGCGCGGACGUGAUCCGCGUGCAGAUGGCCCUCUUCUACAUCGGCGCCGGCUUCUGGAAGAUCAACGAGGCCUUUCUGGAUCCCCGCGUGUCGUGCGCAUCGGUGUAUGUAGCGUCACUCCUCUCAUUCCUGCCUGAGCACCUCCUCCGACUUAUCCCCGGCGGCCUCGGUCCGCUUCUUGCCUACGCGCCGCACGUCACGAUCGCUGGGGAGAUGGCGCUCGGCAUCUGCCUGCUUGCCCCAAGCAGCACAGCUCGCCAUGCAGGCAUCCUGCUGUCCGCGCUGCUGCACUAUUCCAUCGCCAUCACCCCCUUUCCCAACCAGGUGCCAUCCUUUGGGAUCAUCUGCAUCACCCGGCUCUUCUUCGUGAACCCGGAUGCUUGGGUUGCCGCAUGUCAGGAAGGCCUCGCGCUUCCACAGACGGCGGCCGGGACCGCGAUGCGCGUCUUCCUGGGCACCCUAGUCGCCGGGUCAGUCCGCUUCACCUCCAUGCCAGGUUUCUUCAUUGACGGGUGCAUCCCGCUGCAGACUGCCCUCUGCUUCCUGGGCGCCCGGGCCGUGACGAUCGCAUGCCCUCCCAAGGCCUUCAAGGGCUCUUCUGGCGUGCGGCAGGCGGUGCUCCGGAUGGGUGGCUCUAUACUCCUAGUCGCAACCCUGUGCUACGUGUUCCUCUUCCAGGUUCUUGGGCUUAUGGACAUCUCGGCGGUGAGCCCCUUCUCCACCAUACGCCAACACGGAGGAUCCAACCACCUCUUCAUGCCCACGUCCUUGCUCCAGCAGUGGGACAGUACCUCACAUUUGGACAAGUUUGGGGGUGGCAUCGUGCGGGUUACGGCGUGCACCAGCGACUACAUGAACGCGAUGUAUCCGGCGAAUUGCACGGAUGACCUGCCUGAGCGCGUGGUGGUCCUCCUGAAGGAGGCAGGUCACAUCGCCCAGCAGUUCAGCCCCACAGUGAACCUCAUGCUUGGCCCGGAGAUUCGAGCCCACAUACCACACUGGCAGCCAACAAGCGGCGAUCCCUUCCCUUCAUACACAGUGCCUGCCCUUCAGUUGCGGAGGAUGGUGGCCGAGGCACGGGCUACCAACGAGGCCUUCACCCUGGAGUACGAGCACUUGCCCGGACGGGUGGGUGACGAAGCCUGGCGCCACAGCGCCGUUGCGACGUGGGUUCGCCUUGAGGAAGAUGGGAAAGGUGGUCGACACUGCCAUGCCCGCCAAGACGUGAACGCCCCUUGGGCGGCGUGCUCUCAGGAAGAGCUGGUGAUGCAGCCUGCGCCUGAGGGAUGGCUGAUGAAGAUCAUGGUUUUCUUCCCGUAUCCCAUCAUCCCAGGUUUAGAUGUGCUACCAUGCAUGGACUGA